AUGUAUACCCAACUCCAACCUUGGUCGUCUGUUGGAGCGCCUCCUUGCAUGGAACAAGUCGUUGGCGAACCAAUUCCCCCGCGAAUCGGUCAAUAUUACUUCAAAACGAAACGCCCGCAUCCAUGGCGUCCCGUAAUGGCGCACGAAAUGAUCGAGAUCAAUACUUUGCCGGAGAUUCCGAUCACGAAUCAGUUCAUGGCGCAAAAGUGCAGUCCAGAGGGAAUGUUAACGGAAAGUAUUGCCUUCCCAAAUUUAGUUACUGGCUUCGAUAGAAAUCCUCAACAUGCAGCAAGGGCAGCUCUCUAUACGAGAUACACUUAUCCCGAAUGGUUAAAGGGCACAAGAAGCUUGUAUUUGGAAGCGGAUGGCAUGAGAUCUCAAGCUGAGAUGAUGCGAAGCGGAACAUUGGACUUACUACAAAAAUUCGACGAGGAAACAGUUCAAGGUCAAAUUGAUUCAGGUCGACGAAUUGGCGAAAGGAUUUCCGAGUUGAAAUUUUGGCGCGGAGAAGUUGCGAAUGAACUUGAAAAGUUGUUGAAGCUCAACUCGAGUUUAAUGGAGUUACGAAGUUCGAUUCAAAAAGCUUUGACAGACUUGGAAGGACCUUUGCACAUCGCUCAGGAAUGUUUAUAUCAUCGUGAAGGUCGCAAAGCUACAGAACUCGUACAUGAUGACGUUGAGAAAUGUCUCUUGUUCGAAAUCGAGAACGUCAUGACAUGCCAAAAGAAGUUGGAGGAAAUGUUGAAACGGGUCACUGUCAAGUUGAAAGAUUCCCGCGCAGCUCAGGCUAUGCUCGAAGAAGAUGUUGCACACAAAGAAGGAGCUUUAGGCAUCGAUAAUGCGUGUCAUCAACUGAACAAUUACAGUGCUGGGAUCAACUAUUACGGAGGCAUUGAAAAGUACGAUCCAACAAUCAGCACGGCGGAUACCUGGAGUGAAGCAAGUGCCUCGAGAGUUCGUCGUUCCCAGAAUGAACGAGAAAAUGGCGAACUUUUACGAACAGAAGCGAAUGCCUUAAUUAACGAGUGUGCUUCGCUCGUAUGGGAUGCCUGGAGUGCCACAAACAACGCCAUCAAUAAACGAAGCGAAGAACAAACAGAUGCCAAGAAUAAACUCCUAACGCAAUUGAGUAAGACUCAACGAAGUGUCUUCGAUGUUCAAAAAUACUUAUCGUUGCUACAAAAAGCGAUGAAAGACAAAUCGAUAGUGCUUCAAGUCGCCCAAACGCGACACGAAGCAAGAUCCCAUCGAAAUGGCAUCGAGCUUUGUAAAGAUUUCGCUCAUUUGCGACUCGUUAAAGAAAUUGAAGACAUCCAGAAGGCUUUUACGACGUUAGAUGAGAAACUACAAGAGACAGAGGCAAUGCAUCAACAGUUACUGAAAACACGAACGAACUUGGAAAAAGCUUUGAAACACAAAACUGACGCCCUGUUCAUUGAUCGCGAGAAAUGCAUGGGCUUGAGACGCUCCUUCCCAGUUAACAACAUCAUUCAAUAUUAA